AAAUACCUAUUCUUAUUUCUUACUACGCGCCACAUCAGAUUCGAAAGCUAGCUUGGUCCAUUAAAGCACUUACGAAUUCGACCCAGUCAUCCCUCUUUGCGCACUUCAACGUCGUCGUUUAACAUCCAUCAAAAGACGUGCAAUAACGCCUUCGAAUCCGAUCCAUUCUCUGAAUCCAUUUCUUCAAUAUUCAAUCAAUUUUGCAUUUGUAUGUUAAUCCUUCAUCAAUCGCUGAUCAUACUCACGUUUUCUUCCUAUCUCCAUGUCUUUUCGACAUCUACGCAAUUCUAGGGUUUCUCGCCUCUUCUUAAUCUCCUUCAUAUUCUUCUUCACCUAUUUUCCAGGUUUGGUGUUUUCCGCGGUGGUGACGCUAAGUUCCAUUGAGAUAUUCACAACGCACGAGUGGUUAAGAGCCACUCCAACUGUUUAUUUUCGAUGCAGCGGGGAUAACAAGACCCUUUUACCUGAUGUUAAGAAAAAACAUGUUCUUUAUGUUUUUAAGGGAGAAGAGUCUUGGCAGCCUUUGACUGAAUUUAUAGGUAGAAAGUGCAAGCGAUGUGGAUUCUAUGAGGAAGACAGCAUUCUUUCUGAUGAUAUAUUUGACGAGUGGGAGCUGUGUCCUUCUGAUUUUACUGCCCCCGAUGGCAACUAUGUCCACUUCAAGGAAAAAGAAUUUAAUGCUACUUUGUUGUGCCCUGAAUGCUUACCUUUUACUAAUGUGACUAUAUCUGCACCUGAGGACAAUCAUAAAGAAAAGGGAAUGCAUACAGGAGUUAUCAUUUUGCUUACCAUUUUGGUCUCAACUGUAGUAGUUGUGGGAGCCGUGGGUGGAUAUAAGUACUGGCAAAAGAGGAAAAGAGAGCAGGAUCAGGCUCGAUUUUUGAAGUUGUUUGAAGAAGGAGAUGACCUUGAGGAUGAGCUCGGCCUUGGCACAAUGAUAUGAUGAUAGGUGUACAAAUUCCCUCCUGUACAGUAGGCUUACCUCACACAAUUUUGUUUAUGAAAAUAUAUUCUGGUUUGUUGUGCAACUUUCACUAGAGGAGAUAGUUGUUAAUGUGGACAGCAAUAAUGUUACUGUUUAUAUUCACCUGUACAGACUACACAUUUUAUAUGGAUAUUUGAUACUUAUUCCGACAGAAUUGCCCUAACAA